CCAAGGUCCCUGGAAUUUGGGAGCGCACCGAGGUCAGCUCCGCGCGGGGAGGGCGCCCAGCGCCAGCGGCUAGAGACCGGGGCAGCUCAGGCUGAGCCGGGGCGGGGGGUUGGAACUUGGCAGGGUGGAGCCGGGAGCGGGGCGGGGCGGGGCUGGGAUGCCGAGGCUGCCUGUGGUGGAGGCUGCCGGGAGCUGGGCAGCGGCGUCUCCUCAGUCGUCCCAGCUGCUCUCAGGGCGGGAGGCUUCCGCGGGCGCUGCUGAAGCUCUCGGAGUAGCUGCUACUGCUCUGCUCUGCUCCCUCCUCGCCCUUUGUUUCAAGAGCCCGCAGGCCCGGGGUGCGGCUGGCCUCGGGGACCGCCCUCCCACCCCCCAUGCCAUGGUUUGAAAGUGCCAGCUGCCUGGUCACCUGGGGGAAUCGCUGUGCAGCUGGGAGGCACCGCGGGCCCUGCGCCCUAGUGUCGGCUCUUGAGGCUGCUACUGCUGCCUGGUGAAGAGGGAUUUGCAAGGAGCUGAGCCCUGGUGCAGCUGCAGCAGCCAUGGGGCUGCAGCCCUUGGAGUUCAGCGAUUGCUACCUGGAUAGCCCCUGGUUCAGGGAGAGGAUCAGAGCCCAUGAGGCCGAACUGGAGAAAACCAACAAGUUUAUCAAGGAUCUGCUUAAGGAUGGAAAGAACCUCAUCGCUGCAACCAAAAACCUUUCAGCAGCCCAAAGAAAGUUUGCCCACUCUCUGAGGGAUUUUAAAUUUGAAUUCAUUGGUGAUGCAGAGACGGAUGAUGAAAGAUGUAUAGACGCAUCCCUGCAUGAGUUCUCAAAUUUCUUAAAAAAUCUGGAAGAGCAAAGAGAAAUCUUGGCACUCAGUGUUACCGAAACUCUGAUCAAACCUUUGGAAAAAUUUAGGAAGGAGCAGCUAGGAGCUGUAAAGGAGGAAAAGAAGAAGUUUGAUAAAGAGACAGAGAAAAACUACAGCUUUUUAGAGAAACAUUUAAAUUUAUCAGCUAGGAAGAAAGAGCCACAGCUACUAGAGGCAGAUUACCAAGUGGAGCAAAAUAGAAAACACUUUUAUGAGCUGUCACUUGAAUAUGUGUGCAAGCUGCAGGAGAUACAGGAACGGAAGAAAUUUGAGUGUGUGGAACCUGUGCUGUCAUUUUUUCAGGGUAUAUUCACUUUCUAUCAUCAGGGCUAUGAACUCGCCAAAGACUUCAAUCACUACAAAAUGGCUCUGCAGAUCAAUAUCCAGAAUACAAGAAAUCGUUUUGAAGGAACAAGAUCGGAGGUGGAGGAGCUCAUGAACAAAAUCAGGCGGAGUCCUCAGGAACAUAAAAGAGCAAAUCAGUUUACAAUGGAAGGCUACCUUUAUGUGCAGGAAAAAAGGCCUGCCCCGUUUGGCUCCAGUUGGGUAAAACAUUACUGCAUGUAUAGGAAGGAAACAAAGAAGUUCACCAUGAUCCCAUUUGAACACAGGUCAGGAGGGAAAAUUGGUGACGGGGACGUUUUCCUCCUUACAUUCUGUACCAAAAGAAAUAUGGAUACUAUAGACAGGCGUUUCUGUUUUGACAUAGAAGCUGCAGACAGAUCUGUUACUCCUGUGACCAUGCAGGCAUUUUCUGAGGAGGACAGGAAGCUGUGGAUGGAAGCCUUGGAUGGAAAAGAAGCUCUGUUCAUCAAUUUGAAUAGAGCCGACACAAGACAGGAGGGAAGUGCACAGUUGGAUAAGAUAGGGUUCACCAUUCUGAGAAAAUGCAUCAGUGCCGUUGAAACACGAGGUAUAAAUGACCAAGGAUUAUACAGAGUUGUGGGGGUGAGUUCAAAGGUCCAGAGACUUCUGAGUUUGCUAAUCGAUGCAAAAACCUGCAGUGAAACUGAUCUGGAAAACUCUGCAGAUUGGGAAGUGAAGACGAUUACUAGUGCUAUGAAGCAGUACCUGAGAAGUCUUCCAGAGCCCCUAAUGACGUAUGAGUUGCAUGGAGAGUUCAUCGUUCCUGCCAAAAGUGGCAGCCCUGAGUCCAGAGUUAAUGCUAUCCACUUCUUGGUUCAUAAACUUCCAGAGAAGAACAAAGAGAUGCUGGACAUUUUGGUGAAACAUUUAGCAAACGUUGCAGACCAUGCCAAGAAAAAUCUAAUGACUGUAGCAAAUUUAGGAGUAGUAUUUGGACCAACCUUAAUGAGGCCACAGGAAGAAACUGUGGCAGCUAUAAUGGACCUAAAGUUUCAGAAUAUCGUGGUGGAAAUCCUUAUAGAAAACCAUGAGAAGAUUUUCAGAACCCUGCCUGAUGCCACUUUCCCUGAGCCAAUCUCUAUGUCAAUAUCUCCUCCAAAUGUCCCACCAAGGCAAUCAAGAAGACAAGGGCAGCGUAAUAAGCGGCCUCUGGCUGUAUAUAAUCUCUGUCUUGAGCUUGAUGAUGUUGACAACCACAGCCCUCCCAGGGAGGACACACCGACUGGCAGUAUGGAUUCUCUUUCUUCUCAAUCUCCUACACCUGCAGUCUCCACUAGCCCCCCUGAGCCAGACAAAAAUCACCUUAUUCUGGAGAGUGGAGACCUGGCGGACUGGGCAGCCAAUCAUCCCAGUCAGACUCGUUCACCGAUGGUCUCAUGGUUGAAUACACAGUCCACCACAACACCUACCUCAACUACCAGAACUCCAACACUGUCGUCUUUCCCCUUCCCCACCUCUGCCACAGGGAGUGACAGACCAGCUGAAAGUGUUCUCAACAGAAGAGCAAGAGCAGUGUACCCUUGUGAGGCAGAACAUAGCUCUGAAUUAUCUUUUCAAAUAGGAGCAGUUUUUGAAGAUGUGCAAUUUUCCAGAGAACCAGGAUGGCUUGAAGGAACUCUAAAUGGCAGGAGAGGACUUAUUCCACAAAACUAUGUUCAGUUUCUUUAGCUCUCUGCAUUUAACGCCCAGAAGGUGUACAUGGUAUCCAUGGAUUUUUGUUAGUCACUUCUCUGCUUUGAUGACUGCUUUUAAUCAAGGAAGAGCUAGACAAUGGGAUGAAGAGUUUAAUCUGUAUAAAGACAAAAUGUUGCCAAAUAGGAAUUGCAGAGAUGUGAUGUGUAAGGUGGUUUUUUUAGGGCGGGGGGUGGGGGGGGCGGGAGGGGUAGUUUAAUUUUAUGAACAGGGUUUUACGUGUGCAAAGCACAACAGCAAUCUGUUUGCAGGAUAACCAGAAUUUUAAGUUAGAUAUGUGCUUGAACUCAGACUCCGCUGUCAUUUGGAGAAAAGUUUAAAAGUAUUUACAUUGUCCUGGUGCUGAUUAAAUUGAAAUUUGAAAACUGUAUUUAUAUCCACCAUUAAAUGUUGGCAGUCCUCUAUUUUUCUGGUUCUGAAAUGUUAUUGGGCAAAGAGGCUCUUAUGCUGAAGGCAAAGUAAUAUUCUGAAAGGGGAAGGGAAGUAGCUGGAUCAGAUUUUAUCAGAUAAAUAAAACCCACAGAGAGGGGGAACAUGGAUUUUCAAGUGUCUUCAAAAUGCAGAUGCCUUUAUGCAAUGUGUAUAGCUUCAUUUAUAUUAUUUUCAAGACAGGACCCAUUAACGUUUAUUACAGGCUCCAGUACCUCCUGGUUCCAUAUUGUGCAAUUUUCAAAGUACAGGUUUGUCAUCCAAAAAAAAAAUCACUGUAAAUUAAAUGUUGUUUACUAUUUGUCUAUCUCUCAUGUUGUUGGAGAAUGAUUUGCUCUGUUUCUAUAAAUCAGUAACUGAAAUAAACUUCUCUUAGUUA